AAGAUGAGUGCAAAGGGACAGACCUAACCAGACCUAACUUCAUCAUAGUUCACCCCUCUAGUGAGUGUCCUCAGCCUACAUAUAAGGUCCAGGUGGCUAAUGGAUUUAUCAUUCCAUCCCCUCUGUCCAGAAGACAAACCAUUCAAUUACCCACAGGUGUGGAGCUUGUCUCUAAUUGGGUUUCCCUCCCACAUCUUUUCUAAUAGGUGAUGCGGGGGGGAACCCUAUCACAGAGUCAGAUUCUCCCAUCAGUUUCAAUAGGAUGAUUUGCAGAGGCUGGAAGAAUGGAGCCCAUAAUGAAUACAAGAGUUCCUGAGGAUUGAAUUGUGGCAAACGUCCUAGCCACUGUCAUCUCUCAUGGAGCUCUAGAUGAAGAAGAGGAGGAUGGGAAUGAAGAUGCUUGUGAAGAACAGUUUUAGACUUUCUCUUUUGUUUCCCUUCUAUGGAUGAUGAAAAGAAGAAGUGAAUGAUAAGGAAUCAAAAGGAAAAGAAGAAUGAGGAUGAUGAGCAAGGAGCUGCUUGCCCUGCUAUGAUGCCAGGGCAGAUUCCGGAUCCAUCCCUGACAGCUGGCGCUCUACCUGGGCUUGGCCCCUUGACAGGACUCCCGGGCACCACCCUGACGGUGGAAGAGCUGAAGUACGCUGACAUCCGCAACAUUGGGGCUAUGAUCUCGCCACUGCAUUUCUUGGAGGUGAAACUUGGGAAAAGACCCCAGCCUGUGAAAAGUGAGCUGGAUGAGGAAGAGGAGAGAAGGAAAAGGCGCCGUGAGAAAAACAAAGUAGCAGCAGCUCGAUGUCGCAACAAGAAGAAGGAGAGGACAGAGUUCCUGCAGCGGGAGUCCGAGCGUCUGGAGCUCAUGAAUGCUGAGCUGAAAGCCCAGAUAGAGGAGCUGAAGCAGGAGAGGCAGCAGCUGAUUCUAAUGCUGAACAGACACCGUCCCACUUGCAUUGUGCGGACAGACAGCAUCAAGACACCGGAGAGUGAAGCCAACCCACUGCUUGAACAACUAGAGAAAAAGUGAAGGUGGUACUGGCCAGGACAAGGAGGAGACAACAAAUUGGGGUCUCCAAAAAGUCGCCUAUGUACUGUAUGGAGAACUGUGCACCGAGGCCUUGUCCAGCCAGAACCCAGUGGGCUUUCUUGGGGAUUACAGGCCAACCAAAUAAUGGGAAGGAGAAGAUCAGGAACCUGCCAUUCAUCCCACUCUGAGGCUGAAGCUGGGAUGGGUCUAGCAGCUGUAGUGAGGGCAACCCCUUGCAAUACCUCUUCAUGGCCCUUCAGCCUGCUCACCAACCCCAGGGAUCAAGCAAGCAGCCCGCUGCAGGGCGUCCUGAAGCUGGAUCACAUUGAGAUACAGGGAGGGGAAGUUGCAUCUUCCUCUCUUCCCACACCUACUGGUAUGCACCUAGCUGGGAGUGGAGGCUUGACCCAGGAGAAAUGAACAUGUGUGGGAGAUGGAUGGCAGGCAAAGACAUACUGGCUGUAUCUCCCAGGUCUGUCCUAUCUCCGUCCCUCUGGAUCCUGCCACUGCUCCUUGCGCACACUCCGGAAUGGAACCCGAAACAAAGAAUUGCAAACACUUGACACAAGCCCUGCCUUGCGGCUGGGCCUGUCCAUGGCACUGUGGCGCAGGCGCCCCACAAGCACACUCAGUAUAAUGUUUACAGCCCAGCUGUCCCUGUCAGCCGUGCUUUUGAAUGCACAUUUUUACACUUUUUUAUAUUUUUUACAAAGUUUUUAUACAGCUGUCUCUAUAUGGAUUUAUAUAAUCACUAGACGUGAUCCCAUAGAAAUGUAUGUUAUAAUGGUCCGUUUGUUACAAAUGCAUAUGCCACAGUUAUCUCAUUGUGUUACUUGUUAGGUGGUGUCUGGCUCCUUUCCCCUCGGCAUGCUGGGAAAGGGGCCCAUGCAGCCCUCCACACUGGCUCCACUACCAUCUCCAUCCAUGUACGUUCUUCGUAAUACGCAGUCCUGUAUCUCUCAGUAAAUGUUACUUUGACUUA